GGGGCGCCCCCUCCAGCCCGCCCCGGUCAGUCGCAGCCUCCGGCGCCGGCCGCGCAGCUGGAGCCGGCCGAGCAGAAGCUAUGGCUGCAAUACGGAAGAAGCUGGUGAUUGUAGGAGAUGGUGCUUGUGGAAAGACCUGCCUCCUCAUCGUCUUCAGCAAAGACCAGUUCCCAGAGGUCUACGUCCCUACUGUCUUUGAGAACUAUAUCGCUGACAUUGAGGUGGACGGCAAGCAGGUGGAGUUGGCUCUGUGGGACACAGCAGGACAAGAAGAUUACGAUCGCCUUCGGCCUCUCUCCUACCCAGAUACUGAUGUCAUCCUCAUGUGCUUCUCUAUUGACAGCCCUGACAGCCUGGAAAACAUUCCUGAGAAGUGGACUCCGGAAGUGAAACACUUCUGCCCCAAUGUUCCCAUCAUCCUGGUGGGGAAUAAGAAGGACCUGAGACAAGAUGAGCAUACCAGGAGAGAGCUGGCCAAGAUGAAGCAGGAGCCUGUUCGGUCUGAGGAAGGCCGGGAUAUGGCAAAUAGGAUCAGUGCCUUUGGCUACCUUGAGUGUUCUGCCAAGACCAAGGAAGGGGUACGGGAGGUAUUCGAGAUGGCCACAAGGGCUGGCCUUCAGGUUCGCAAGAAUAAGCGCCGGAGGGGCUGUCCCAUUCUUUGAGACGAAGGCCUCCCAACCCUUCUUUACACAGGAGUAACCAAUUACUCACCCACCCAAACUCCACCUUUGUAGAAUUCUGCACUAAAGGCUUCCUUUGCAAUUUGCAUCUGCCCAUGACUGCAUCAGAUUUCCCCAGCUCCAAAUGGUGAUGGUGGGUUCUCCUCUUCCCCUUCCCUGUCUUCUGGGAACUUCUUGGCCCCGUGUCCUACCCUUCCUGAGCAGGAUCUGUGGUCCUGUUACCUUGGUCCAGGGGUGAGGCUCCUGUUCCCUGUGGCCUUCCCCAAAGGACAGUCACACCAGCACUUUAUACACUUCUGAUGUCUAGGGUGGUGAAAUGGGGUUUCUGCUUUGGGCAUGGCCUUGUCUCUGACUGUACUUGGUAGGGGCAUGAAUAAAGGCUGCAGGUUCUAA